AUGAUAUCAGUAGGGUGUGUCCAAGGAGGGGCGUGUUUAAGUUCAGAUCUCGAAAAUUCAAAAGUUUGUUCCCAGGCAAGUUGCCGUCGUGUUGCGAACCAUUGUUCAAAUCUUCUUGAUGCAGUGCUAAUAUUCAAAACGUGGUUCAUUCAAAGGCAAAGCGAUCUUCCAUCCACAACCUCUGAGAUAGAUAUUAAAUCCAAUGGUGAAGGUAGUAUCCUACCCUAUAAUAACAUGACUAAUGGUCAGCACCCAGUUUUACACAAUCAAAUAAAUCAACAUUCAAGUUAUGUUGAACGAGAUUGGGUGAUGAUGCAUACUAAAAGAACAGAAGGUCAGUUAAAUCGUCUCCGAAAUUCGGUUGUGAGUAUGCGUGCUCAGCUUCAAGCUGGACUUCGCCAUAAACUAGAGUGUGAACAGUUGCGAAGGGAUUUGGAAAUGCACAAAGAUACAAUAUCUCACUAUCAGAAUAUCAUCAAUGAAGGUAAUCGGCUUCGCGAUGAUUUAAGAGAGGAACUAGUUCGUGUUCGAAAAGAAGCUGCUAUUGCUCGAUCACGGUUAACUUCAGCGACAACUCAACGUGCUGUCAACAGUCCAGUUACUAGUACCCCGCAUGCUCCUAAUCAUCAUCCCGUCGAUGAAGUCGAUAAAAUGGCUACAACAAUGAUGGUCAUGACCAAUCAUACAGAGCAUAGUCAAUUACAUGAUCUACCGCCUCAAGAUACUAUAAUUCAAUUACGAACGCAAAUAGAACAUCGUAUUAGACUGUCCGAGUCUCUGAAAUCUGAAGUUAAAAACCUAAGAGAAACAAUAAGAGGAAUGCUUGAAAAGGAACUUGCUCAAUCUCAUAUUAUUGACUCAAUACGAACAGAAUUUAAAACCUUAAUUGAACCUUUUUGGCGUUUACUACAAAGGAAUUAUGAUUUAAAUCAAAUGAAAUUAUUAAAUGCAAUAUUAAAUAUCCACUGUAUAACACGGAUAGCCAAACUACUUACUAUUCCAAUUCCUGACCAUGUAACUAUGGAAUUAUCUCAAUUCACUGACUGUGAUCCGGUUGUUGCAGAUAGCAAAUCUCAGAAGUUUAAUAAAAAAGCCUCAAAGCCAGUGAAUAAUUCUACCCUAACUAAAUCACCGAAAAAAAUUUUUAACGAAUCGAAUGGAAACAUUCAUCUAAUUAAUUCUCUAGCUAAGCCUUCAACUGAUCAAAAAGCUUUUGAAGUGCAUAGCAGUUCUAAUGAAACUUCUACAGUUAAAAGUGUCAAACUAUCUAUCGGUUCAAAUAAAGUGGAUUUGGAUGAACCUGGUCAAGAUGAAAUACUGAAAAAUGGUUCACCUUGUGAAAUAGAUAAAGUAGAAUUAAUGUCUGAUUACUCAUCAAGUGAGAGUAGUAGGUGUGGUAGUUUGAAAUUUCCUGAUAUAUCUCCCUCCUCUUCUGAUCAUGAUGACGAUGGUGAUGGUGCUUUUAAUAAUAAUGACAAAAGUAAAAGUUUGAAUGGUAACAAUCAUGAUGACGACAAUAAUACUGGUAAUGAUAAUAAAGAUUCACAAGAGUCUUCUAAAGAUAUAUUUGAGGAUCAAAAUGUAAUUAUUCAAUCCCCUCUUCGUCAAUCGAGCAUCACAACCGAUGAAUCAAAUGGUCUCAAGGGUAAAUCAGUAAAUAUUAGUUCACUGUCUUGUUAUGAAACUUCUAACAAUGAUUUUAAUUCCUCUGUGAUUCUAAAAGAUAUUCAACCUGCUGAAAACACAGUUUCUGGCUUACAAUCAAAACAUGUUAAAAACAAUUCUCAGGUAUUAAAGGAAGAUCUAAUCAUUUCGGAAGUGUCGUCAAGUGAAAAUGUUACGGAUAAUAAUAAAGGUGAAAAUGAAGUAACAAAUUGUUCCGAUUCAAAAACAUUAAACUCCUCUUGUAUUCCAAAAUCUUCCGAAAAAUCUCAUAAAAUGGUCACUCGAAGUAAAAUGAAAAAUAAUUCUCAAAUAAUUGAUUGUUCACCGAAUACAUCAUCUUUUCACUCUAAUGAUAAUUUUUCACUUGAUCUAUGUGAGAAAUCAUCAGAUUCAAAAGCUAAAUUGAUUUUAGAGGAAACAUCAUAUUUGAAAACGUCAACUAAACCACUUGUACAACAAAUAAAGAAAUUAGAAAAGCGCUCUAAAAUAAACGUAACUUUAGAUGAUAAUGUUCCCUCUCGUGUACUGACCUGUCCUUCGACGCUUUCUCGUGGUUCCAAUUGUCCUGCAUUAUCAUUAUCACCAUCACUUAAAUCUGAUGUUCAACUAUUUUCAUUAUUAUCAGAUAAGUAUUCAUCUGAUAUUUUACAGUGGUGUGAUAGGCUGUGUUCAUCAUCUUUCCUGAAUGACAUUCCAAAAAUCUGUUAUAGAAGUCAAAUGUUAUCUACUUUGACUAAUUCUAAGACUCAGCUUCAAGUCCCUGUCAUUGUCGAAGCUCGCCAAACUCAUUCCAGUCCGAUAAAAAACAAACAACUAUGUAAGCUGAAUGAUGAAAAAAUAAUUCGUAAAAGGAAGGUAACCAAUGAAUCCCAUUGCGGAAAAAAAAUAGUACUUGAUUGUUUAUCCACUGAUGUGUCUUUACCGGAGGCUGCAAAUCAUAUGAUUACUGAUAAUAGAAAACCAGAUCACCAAUAUGCCGAGAUAAAACAAAAAUGUAUUAAUUUCCUAUUAUCAACCAGAGAUUCAAUUAAAAAAGCGCCAACGAUUUAUCUAGUGAAUUAA